AUGAACUGGAAGUUCAGGCGCCCGAGCGGGCGGCAAUUCCUCAAGUACUUCCUUGGUCUUGCCCUCGUCUACAUCAUCCUCACCGGCAUCGUCGUCCACCUCACCAAGAACUCCAAUCUCAACGAGAUCGCAGAGAACGCGGCGUGGGUCGCGACCAGCAAGAACUGGCUGGACCGACAAGCAUGCAGGUGGAUCGGAGUGUGUGGAUUGCAACACUACAUCUGGAAAGGUGGAUGGACAUGGUCCAAGACGUCAAUCGAAGUGCCGCCCAACUUUCCCGACCCGAAUCAAUGGUGGCACUCAGGCACAGAAGAGCCGGACUCGUGGUCAAGAGAAGAAGUGCAGCGCAGAGAAAUACCGCAAUACGUGCUGGACCAUGCACCUUAUGUUCACCUAUUCUCUGGCGAGGAGUUUUGGCCUGGCGACAUCGGCGAGCACCUCAUACACACAUCACCUUACCUGAAUUACUCGAAAAUCCUCGAUCUCAACCAAGACCGCAAUCUAACGAAUCUGAAUGAUUUGAACGGCUAUGCCGAAGGCGAACAUGGCAGGUUCAUGUACCUGCAAAGCGACGACAACCCAGAGGAGUGGCCCAAGUGGCUCGCUGGAAGAAAGAACAUCCCUAGCACACCCGACCCGAUUGAUGAUAGCGACAUCGAUCAUGAAUAUCCGAACCUGGACGAUCUUGAGGACUUUGAUCUGGAUUCAGCGAAGCAGCAAGCCCUAGCUGAAUUCGAUGCAAAGCACGCCGAGCAAGACGUCUCAGCGAAGACUUACCCUGCAGUCCUCACACCGAGCACAGAUGGUCGCUGUGGCGGCAGCAGCGGCUUUACUUGCACAGGAAGCAAAUUUGGAGGAUGCUGCUCUAUCUACGGAUGGUGCGGUCAAGGCGACGAUUACUGUGGCGAUCCCUGCGAUCCAGUGUCAGGUGAUUGCUAUGAUCCGUACAAUCCGCCUCGUGGUCCACAUCAAGACCUGCGCCGAGCGCUCGAUUUCAACAAUGACAAGAAUGCGCCAGACCCUGGUGGCAGGAGUGGUGCACCAGUUAUACUGGUCGUUGUGCCGAAGGAAGAUGGCAUUGUUGACGCCUUCUGGUUCUUCUUCUACUCCUUCAACCUUGGCCAGAAAGUGUUCAACAUUCGCUUCGGCAACCAUGUUGGCGACUGGGAACACACUUGCGUGCGUUUCAGAAAUGGGAAGCCCUACCAAGUUUUCUUGUCUGAGCACGACUUUGGUCAAGCAUAUACCUGGAGUGCUCUGGAAAAGUACAUCCCAAGUUAUGAUGGCACAGGUACCAUGAUUGGCAGCUGGAGCAACGAAACCGCCGCCCAACACGCCAAACGACCUGUUAUUUACAGCGCCAUCGGCUCUCACGCAAUGUACGGAACGCCUGGUCUACAGCCCUACAUCUUGCCCUUUGGGAUUCUGCACGAUGAGACCGACCGAGGACCAUUAUGGGAUCCGACUUUGAACGUGCAAUCCUACACCUACGACCCCAAAGACCUAAAAGUACGAGCAUCAACGCUUAAUCCUAAUUCACCCGUGGGUUGGUUCGACUACGGCGGCCAUUGGGGUGACAAGUACUACCCACUAUCCGAUCCACGCCAGUACCGCAUCGCCGGCCAAUACCACUACGUCAAUGGUCCGACAGGUCCCAAGUUCAAGAACUUAGGCCGCAGAGCAGUCUGCCAAGGUCGAGGCAAAUGCGAAGUCCGCAACUGGCUAGGCGGACACAAGGCCGCAGCAGGGUCGCCGCCCGAGGAAGAUGUCGAGGAUGGGACGCUACCAGGUGGGAAUUCGACCGAUGACAGUGAGAUGGAAAUGUUUUCUAUGUGGACGCGAUAA